AUGUCGAACGUGCAGAAGCCAAACUCAACGGUCUCGCCUAUGAUGACGCCCCAGACCAUGGCUACAAACGGAAUGCACGACCCGGUGUCUCCGCUCAGCACCUACGAUGACAGCGAAGUCUACUUGGUCGGUAGAGAUGGCAUCUUUAAUGGCUGCAAUUCACAGAUCGAAGCCGACAAGGAAACCACUAUGGUAGUGGUUGGUAGCGAGACAGAUCAGACCACACAGAAGUUGCCUACUCAAGACCCGGGGUUGCCGCUCUGCACCUACGACGACAUGGCGGCUAAAGAUGGCGUCCUUGAUGGCGGCAAUUCUCCGGCUGAGGCCGCCGAGGACACCACUGUGGCCGAGGUUGCCAAUUCGGAUACCGGGUCCCAGAAGCUGCCCACUCAAGGUGAUCUUCCUCUCCCUGAUGAACAGGCUGCGUGUUGUGCUACGGACUCUCUUGAUUCCCCCGGCUUCGAAGAUGGCAAUGGACAAGAUGGCGAAUCUUUCGCCAGGCCGGUCAUCCACGAAGCUGCGCAAGGUCCGAAUGAUCCCGCUGCGCAGAGCGAGAAUAUCACCGAGCAGAACCAUAAGCCCGCCAAUGAUCAUCUGGGCUACGCCGAUUACCGUGCUGAGGAAGCUGUUUCAGACUCUGGCUCUCGCAUCCCGCCCAAAUUAGACCCUGCCAGCUCUUCGGUCAAGGGUACACAGUCCACCAAGAGACUAACAAAGGCAACUAUUGAUCCCGACGAUCUUCCGAGCAAAGACGAUGAAUUGAGCGAAGCGCAGAUUGCGAGCCUCUGCUACCAGCCUCCAAGAGUCCGUCAGGCUUACACCAGAUACUUUGCGAACGCUGGGACUAUCCGCGCUGCAUACGCUAAUAUCCUGAUGGAGCGGCUUCCUAACGGUGAACUGCGUUUUCCUGAGGACGUUCUCAGAUCCUGUCUACCAAAGUGGAAAGGCUGGAAAGACCGUUUGGGGUCAUCUCAACCCGGAGACUCGGCGCAAACAGGUUCGGGUCCCAAUCGCAAGCGAAAAGGGGCAGCAACCCCCGCCAAACGCUUUGCUGAUGAGGAUAUUGAGCCUCCGAAGAAGACCAAAAAGCCAAAUGUGUCAAAGAACGAGAAGAGCAAAGAGCCGCCUCCUGAUCUGGACAGCAAUUAUCUUAAUCUACGUUCCUCGCUGGAACCUCGUCAUCAGAGUCUGCGUUUCGUUUCUGUGAUUACUCCUGGUACGGCGCUCUCUAGGGGACUCCCACCUAGCGCCAUUUCAUCUAAGCCUCCAACGGCCCCCCAGGCAGGCUCUUCCGAGUCUUUUCCCAGCGAAGCAUCGAAGACCCCCUACUCACAACAGCCUAAGGUACAGAAUCAGCCCAGCCAAAUCGCUGCGUCAAACAUCAACCCUUCGGCUGUCCCUAACUUGGACGAACCGCGCGUUCACAACCAUGGCAACUGUCAGCUACUGGAUCCAAAUCAUCUGUCUCAAUUUGCCCAGUACCUCACAGGUCAAAUCCAGCAACUGGACCUUGCCAUCGUCAGCAUUGCGCACGGAGCACAUGACCAAGGCCGUCGUUAUGCCUUACGGCGUCUACGCGAUGUCUUGAUUGACUUACGUGACCUGUGCGUGGACAUGGAGAUCGAGCUGCGAAGUCGUACGGUCACAAAGAGUCGAGACAACAUGGACGACCUUUGA